AUGGCGAACAGAAACGAGCGCUUGUUAGAUCUUAUCCUCGCAAAUGACAUCGCUUUACCGGUCAGUACCGUCACUCUACCUAUCGUGCCACUGAUUGAUCUCGACCUCGACCAUCCCGCUCUUGCUGUGGAGUUUAAGGUGCCCAUUCCAAAUGAGUAUGACGAACCGUCUAUUUCGUACUCUCUGGACUUUCGCCGAGCAGACUACACUGAACUGAAUGACAUGCUUUCAGCUGUUAACUGGCAAUUUAUUGAAACGUCAACUAAAAUCAAUGACGCCGUAGAAUAUUUUUGCGAUGCGGUGGAAAAUGUUGUUUCCCGUACUGUUCCCGUCAGUCGCCCUCCUAAAAAACCACCGUGGACAAAUAGACGCUUACGCGCUCUUAAACGGACGCGAUCGUCAGCUCUUCGAAAGUUUUGUAGUUUCCGAUCUUCGUAUUUCAAACAACAACUAAAAAUCGCUACCAGUCGAUACCGCCGUUACAAUAUGUUCCUAUAUCGGCGCUAUAUAAGACGUACUGGACUCAAUCUCCGUCGAAACCCUAAACUUUUUUGGUCUUUUGUGAAUUCAAAAAGAAGAGAGACUGGUCUUCCGCACUCGAUGUUUUUCGGAAAUCAAACAGCCUGCACCGAGAAGGAAAAGUGUGAUUUAUUUGCGCAUCACUUCAAGGAUGCAUUUCAUGACAAUUCUGCAACACAGAUUCAAAUUGACGAGGCAACUGCUGGUGUACCACGUGAUAUAUUUAAUUUCCAUAUUCCUCCCAUAACUGAGCAAAUGGUCGAGACAGCAAUUCGAAAAUUAAAGCUAUCGUUCGCUGCUGGUCCUGAUGGUAUUCCUUCAUCUGUGUUGAAACGUUGCGCAGGAGCACUCAGUUAUCCAAUAUCGAAAUUGUUUAAUCUUUCAACUUUACAAAGCGAGUUUCCUUCACGAUGGAAGUUUUCCUAUAUGUUCCCGGUUCACAAAAAGGGCGAUAAACGUGACAUUUCCAACUAUCGCGAUAUUACGUCUUUGUGUGCAUGUUCGAAGCUAUUCGAAAUUAUCGUAAACGAUAUUUUGUUUGCCAGUAGCAGAACCUACAUAGAUAAUGAACAGCACGGGUUUUACCCGAAACGAUCGGUUACAUCGAAUCUUAUGAUAUUCACCUCAAAAUGCGUGCUCUGGAUGGUAAAUCGAUGCAGCGUAUAUGGAUCUUAA